GAGUCUGGCUUCCGCUUCACUGGCUGGGAGGGAACCCGGUGAGCUGCCUUUGGAGGACUCCCUGGAUGCCUCCUCCACCGUCUCCCCUGUCUGCUGAAGGGAAGAGAGCCGCCAUGCAGUCCGCUCAGGCGGGGGUGUCCUUCGAAGAGGUGGCCGUGAAUUUCACCCCGGGGGAGUGGAGCCUGCUGAGUCCAACGCAAAGAGCUCUGUACAAGGAAGUCAUGCUGGAGAAUUAUGGGAACGUGGCCUCUCUGGGACCUCUGAUUGCUAAACCUGACCUCAUAUCCCGGCUGGAAGAAGAGGAGGAAGGGCUGUUUCUCUUGGGCUGCGAUGAAGAGGAAGGAUUGGCAGCAGGAGAUGUCUGGCAGUCAGAGAAUGAAGCAGGAGAACGCCGGUUGACGGAAAAAGAGGAUACAGAUUCAGUUAUGAAAGGGAAGUUUGAAUAUUUGGAUGUACCAAAGGAGGAGAAGGGAAAACUCCCAACUAAAGGGAGGACUAAAUCUAGUCUUUUACAGGGGGAUGACUCUCUAUUGCAAAAAAUAUAUCAAGCAGAGGACAGGAAUGAGUGCAAUGCACGCAGGGAAACUUUGACUGAAAUAUCAGUUAUUAAUAUUCAACAAAGGAUACGUAACAGAAAGGGAAUAUAUCAAUGCCUGGAGGGUGGGGAAAGCGUCAAUCUUAUCGCAAUAACUUCUGACGACAGCUAUAUCUGA